UAUUUUUUACAUACUUUUAAGGUGUGUUUUUCGGGGGAAAAGGUGAGUUAGUCCACAUUAGCGACGACGGUGAUAUUUUUAAUAAGUAAGUCUGCAUUAGCGACGACGGUGAUAUUUUCUUUGAGUUAGGCUAAGUAAGUUAAAACGACGAUAUUUUCAGUAAGUUUCCAAGAUUAGUUUCAGCAGAAACGUAUUCAGAGUUAGGCCACUGUUAUUUUUUGUGUAGGUGCGAAUUUAAAAGAAAUAUGUACUGGUAUGAUGCGCAAUGUAUGUAACAAAGUGGCGAAUACAAUACGUCAUCGGAGCUGAAAUUGUGGAAUGAUCAAAACGCUGGUGUGGUGAACAAGUUGGGAAUGGACUCACUUGUUUUGAUCAACCGACUAUGCAUAUUUGUUUCACGUAUUUUUAAGUAAUUGUCUGUUUUCACUUUAUAUGGACAUUGAGCUCUUUUUAGAUAACUUUGCUUAUCUCGAUGAUAAACGUUUGGUGUAAUGUUUAUCGUGGAGUGAGAUUGAAUCGCGCCAAAGUUGAAAUCAAAAUUAUUUUAUUGAUUUUUUAACAUUCUUAGAGUUUUUUCGUGUUUAUAUGAAAUUUUAAAAUGAUGUUGUUAGUUCAAAAUAUAAAAAAUGCUUUUUUUUUUUUUCAUGUCACUACUUUUAUUUUUAAGGAUAGUUUUAAAAUGUUAUGAAUCAACUAUUUUGCGUAAAAUUUCGCGGUCCUCAAAAACCCGCAAUUAAAUUGUAACAACAAUUGGACCGUGAAAUUAAGAUGACCUUGAAGUUCCGUGCAGCGAAAUUUUCGUGCAUUUAUGUAGAUCAUUAACGCUUUUCACUAAAUCGCAAAAUUUUGUUAGAUAAAAACGCGAAUUUGGCAUAGGAUCUAUAAUAAGAAACAGGUUCCUCUGAUGAAAUUUUAGUUCAACAAGAUUUCUUUUUAUGAGAAAUGUUUUAGCUGUUAAUAGUUUUAUUUUUACCAAAUGUUUUCUAGAAGUAAUGAAUAAAUAAAAUAAAAAUUACGAACGUUUCCAUGGACGCAGUAUGGAAGAAAUUCCGUGUACAGUCCACGCUGUGAAAUUAAUACGACUGUUGGCAGAUAAGACAUCCGGUUGUGGUGUAUUCGAUGUCACCUUCCCAACUGCAGCUGGUGUGAAAAUUUGCUGUAUAUCCUUCACAAACAGUUACACAGCGUCCGUCACGAUCAAGGGACAACCACCUGUGAAUGUUAGUAACGGAAAAUUCCAACUGUUAGUUCGCGACUUUAAAUUGAUGAAAACUCCACAUUUUUCAAAUGAAAGUCAAGACCGUGUUGUCCUUCCACCAGACAAGAUUGCAAGUGAUGGGCCGUUCAUAAAACUGAGAUUUAUCAUGAAACAACCAUCACCAUGCUGGGAAAGAUUCGGUUUAAAUGAUUUAAAGUUUUUCAAGAAAAAAAAUACAGGAUUGGAGAUGGAAGCAAAGGACGACCCACAUGAGAUAAGUGACGAAAUUUUAGCCAACGAAAUGAAGAAGUUGUACAGUCUUACACAUAUAAUGAAAAAUGUCAAAUUAGAAAAUGAACCCGAGCAUUUUGCAGUAGAUGGGAGUUACGACAUCAACCUUCUGUCUUAUACGUGAAAAGCUGCCGCGUCAAGACGCGAUAUCAAGGGUAUCGACCCAAACUGUCCAUGACUCAGUUUCAAAGCUAGUGACAAAUCAAUAUUUCCUACUUAUCUCAUUUGGGAAGAACUAGGAACGUUAAUGUAAAACAAAUUGUAAUUAUAAACAUCAAGAAACAAUGUUAAUAAAAGUAAAUAUACAAUAACUGAUAUAAA